GGAAGAUGGCGUACUCGGUGGCCCGCCGAUGAGGGGGCCACGGCGGGCGCCCGGCUCCCGGGCCCCGAGACCGACCGAGGGAGCGACGCGCGCGGGGCCGGGGGAGUCAUGGUCUCCAUCACCCAGCUCCAUGCUCCGAGUCCUGCUCUCUGCCCAGACCUCCACCACCACCACUCGUCUGUCGGGCCUGCUGUUCCUCCCGCCUGCACAGCCUUGCUGCUUGGGGCCUGGCAAGUGGGGCGAGAGGCCUCCUGGAACCGGCCCUGCCCGGGGACCCCAUCCCAGCCCCACACAAGGACUGCAGCGGCUCUUGGAGCAGGCCAAGAGUCCCGGCGAGCUGCUGCGUUGGCUGGGCCAGAACCCCACCAAGGUGCAUGCCUACCACUACCCAGUGGCCCUCUUUCGCCUGGGCCAACUCCUGAGGGCUCAGCCUCGGCCCCCUCCUGUGGAUCCAGCCACCCUGCAGGACUUGAGUCAGCUCAUCAUCUGCAAUUGCCCUUCUUUCGACAUUCAUACCAUCCACGUGUGUCUGCGCCUCGCUGUGUUACUGGGCUUGCCCUCGGAUGGUCCCUUGGUGUGUGCCCUAGAGCGGGAGAGAAGGUUCCGUCUGCCCCCAAAGCUGCAACCUGCCUUGCCACCUGUCCUUCGAGGUGGGCAGAGGUUGGAAGCUGCUCUGAGCUGCCCCCGGUUCCUGCGACACCCACGGCAGCAUCUCAUCCGCAGCCUGGCAGAGACCAGACCCGAGGAACUGACACCUCAUGUGAUGGUGCUCCUGGCUCAGCACCUGGCCCGCCACCGCCUGCGGGAGCCCCAGCUUCUAGAAACCAUUGCCCAUUUCCUGGUGGUCCAGGAAGCCCAGCUCAGCAGCAAGGUGGUCCAGAAACUGGUUUUGCCCUUUGGGCGGCUCAACUACCUGCCCACAGAGCAGCAGUUCAUGCCCUGCCUUGAGCGGAUCCUUGCCCGGGAUGCAGGGCUGGCCCCCCUGGCCACUGUCAACAUCCUGAUGUCGCUGUGCCAGUUGCGGUGCCUGCCUUUCCACGCUCUGCACUUUGUGUUCUCACCCGGUUUUAUUAGCCACAUCAGUGGCACCCCUCACGCACUGAUCGUGAGGCGCUACCUCUCCCUGCUCGACACAGCCGUGGAGCUGGAGCUCCCAGGGUACCGGGGUCCCCGUCUUCCCCGGAGGCAGCAAGUGCCCAUCUUCCCCCAGCCGCUCACCACCGACCGUGCCCGCUGCAAGUACAGUCACAAGGACAUCGUGGCCGAAGGGCUCCGCCAACUGCUGGGGGAGGAGAAAUAUCGCCGGGACUUGACCGUGCCUCCAGGCUACUGCACAGACUUCCUGCUGUGUGUCAGCAGCUCUGGGACUGUGCUGCCUGUGAGGACCCAGGACCCCUUCCUCCCGUACCCUCCCAGGUCCAGUGCCCAGCACCCAGCUGCUGCUCAGCCCAGGACCCGAGACCCUGUCCAGAGGGUGGUGCUGAUGCUACGGGAACGCUGGCACUUUUGUCGCGAUGGCCGGGUGCUGCUGGGCUCCCGGGCCCUGCGGGAGCGGCACCUGGGCCUUUUGGGUUACCAGCUGCUGCCGCUGCCCUUCGAGGAACUGGAGUCCCAGAGAGGCCUGCCCCAGCUCAAGAGCUAUCUGAGGCAGAAACUGCAGGCCUUGGGCCUCCGCUGGGGGCCGGAAGGGGGGUGAGGGAUACAUAUGAGGCUCAGGACAAGACCCCCUGUGGGGGCGGACAGUUUGCACUUUGGAUCCCUGUAUUUUGGUCUCAUUAAAGCCCUCUCUUCCCUC